AGGAGGCUAAAUACUCUCUGUUCUUCGCCGUGUUCAGAUCCUUUGUAUUUUGUUUGAGAUUUUCUUCUCAAUCUUCACAUCUGCCAUUAAAGCAACCUUCAAUGCUAAGUUUUUCACAUCCGCCAUUAUUGCUGAAUCAAGCUUCAGGUAUUUUUCACCACUAUUUGUUGUCACAAUCCAAAGGGUAGGGAGAUGACGACGACUGAGGUUCGAAGUCUCUUAUUCACAGGUGAUGGCAAUUGAUGUUCAACGGGCACUAUUUUUUUCUUUCCAUCAACUUUGUUUCCUUUUCCCCAACGCUUCAAGCACUGUGAGGGAUAUUUGCUCCAUCUGUUGACUGCACACAUAAUGUUUUUGUUCACAGAACUUGUGAAACAAAAUGAAAUUCAAGGUUGUAUGGAGGAAAGUGCGUGAUUAUGUCCGCUAUGAUUUGAAGGAAAUUGCUUUUCCUUCAUCUUUGCCUGAUCCGCCCCAUAUAAAAAAGAGGAGAAAAUUGACAUGGAAUGAACGAUUUCUUGUGUUGAAAGAGGCAUCUAGACUUUAUGCAGCAAGUUGGGUACGCGAUAUUGGUCCUGAUCUUCGCCCAAAUGAUUACAGAAAAGAUGAAAACAAUGAAGUAAAAACCACUAGUGGAAAUACACCAACCAAAGAAAAAGAACCCUCCACAUUGGAGGACCUUGCGGUGGCUGCUAGAGGUGGAAUGGAGACUCUAAGGCCUGCUUUACACCGGGUGUAUAUGACAAAAGCAUCUGCUUACAGAGAUGCCCUCAAGAACUUCAUACUAGGGUAUCAAGAAGGAGUCCAGGAAGUCAUGGAAAGGAAGGAAGAUUCUAAAUCUCAAGAGCCUGAAGAUGCACUGAAGAGGUCCAAUUGAUCCUUUUCUCACAAAAUUUUUAAGUUAUUUUCAAGGGGGAAAAGCGAUGCAUAGAGCAGUUUGCCAACUGUAAAAUCACUGUAUAGUUUUGUCAUUUUCUAUUGGCAGUUUGUAAUAAAAUUUACUUUAAUUGUAAGUUCAACUUUGAGGGCUCAGUAACAUAAUAUGAGAACUCCACUGUGGAGAUUUUGGGAUUUCA